GGGAAGGAGGGAGAAGAGUCGGCUGGACAUGGGGCUUUGUGCUGUUCUCCUCAUCUGUCUCUCCCAGGCUGAGCUGGGGAGAGUCUGGGCUCAGGAGCACCAAGGUGCACUGAGUGGGACUCCUCUGCAGAUGGAUGGGGAUCUGUUUGGUUUUUACAGAACCAGGAGGGACCAGCAGACCACGCACAAACACAGAGAAGCACGCAACACAGGAGUAGGCCUUGAUAUCAGCACCCUGCCUGACAACAUAACCCGCGUUGUGGAUGAAUCCGAUCGCUACUACACAUCGCAGUUUUUUGGUCCAACAGACAGACGGACUGAGGAGUUGUGGGUGGAUCUGAACAACCUGCACAAGAGCCAAGUCCAGAUCCACGGCAUCCUGUCCAAUGCACACCGACAGGCAGCGAGGGUGGCACUUUCUUUUGAGUUCCCUUUUUACGGACACCAUAUUAGACAAAUUAUCAUAGCGACCGGUGGGUUUAUCUAUAUGGGGGACAUUACUCAUCGAAUGCUGACUGCCACACAGUACAUCGCUCCCCUCAUGGCCAACUUUGACCCCAGCUUCUCCAAAAACUCAACAGUCAGGUACUCAGACAACGGUAACCAAUUUGUGGUGCAGUGGGACAAAGUUCAGCUAAAGGACAGAGAGGCUGAAGGAGCUUUUACUUUCCAGACAGUCCUCCACAGCAAUGGAACCAUUAUUUUCAACUACAGAGAUAUCCCUAUAUCGGUGGAGAAAAUGAAUUCCACUGAGCAUCCAGUUAAAGUCGGACUUUCUGAUGCGUUCAUGGCACUUCUUCCCAACUCCCAGCCCUCAGAAGGGAUUCGCCGUACUAUCUAUGAGUAUCAUCGUGCUGGGAUUAAUAACUCACAGAUUGUUAGCAGAUCUUCUUUCGAGUUCACACCUCUGCCCACUUGUCUUCAACAUACAUCCUGUGAAAUCUGCCUAACAUCCAACUUGACAACUGGCUGUGGCUGGUGCAACACACUUCAACGAUGUUCUGACGGUAUCGACCGGAACAGACACGAGUGGUUAGACUAUAACUGCCCUGAAGAGGCUAAGGGCAAAUGUGAGGACUACAACCCCGUCCUACCUGAGGGGUCUACGAACUCCUUCAACCAGUCUUCUCCAGGUCCAACACCUUCGCCAACUGUGUUCGAGAAUCAGCCUGUCACUGAAGAUAUACAGACGAGUCCACCAAAGCCUAAGGGGAUAACAGAGAACACGGCCAUCAUAGCAGGUGUAGUGGCUGCACUAGUUCUGCUAGUAGCUCUGACCUUACUGGCCGUCUACUACAUCAACACGCACCCCACAGUAGCUCCACCAUUCUACCUCAUGCAGCGACGCACCAAUAACUACUGGCCCUCCAUGAAGUUCCGCAACCAGGGCUGUCACUCCAGUUACGCCGAGGUCGAGCUUGGGGGUCACGAAAAGGAAGGUUUCAUUGAAGCUGAGCAGUGCUGCUAAGAGUCCUGGACUUGAAGGACACAGUCAGAAGAAGAAAGGACACCAUCUUGAGGACUACAAAGGUAUUACAAGGGGAAAAAUAUGGACGAUCAGGCAGACUAUCGACACAGAGUUACCCUACUUCAACCUUGGCGGCUGGAAAGUGUUUACUGUAACUGCUCUUGUAGCUCUUGCCAGCUUUCUCUGUGUCCUAUGCUCUUUGCCAUCAGACAGGGGAUCUGCCAUACUAUUCAAGGGUUGGAGGGUCUGAAAGGAAGCCAACUGUACAGAAAUGAUGAGACGCAAAGGUGUAACUGUACAAAAACCCAUCAAUGCAAGAGGAUGUCAGGGAAUAAAUCGAACUAGCCUUCAUACUGCAAAUCAACAAACAGCUCAUCUUAACUAUGUGUUUUUGUUUUUACUGAGUUAAUUUUUUUUCUUUCAUGAAAUUUCCAUGUGACCAAUGACUGGUUCAUAAAAUGUUAUAUCUCUGUGGACUUCACUAUAACAGAUAUUUAGCUAUGUAACUGAUAGUGAUUAUAAUGAUCAUCUUGAACUUCUCUGGAAAAAUAUUGUUUGGAGGAUUUUUAGAGACAUCAAAUUAUGAGUGUUUUCUUUUAACAUUUCUGUUUAAAUGUCUUCUAAUAAAAGCUGGUGGUGAUUGUUGA